AUGCGCGGCGCCUACUUUCAUGACCACAUCCCGCGUCUAGUGCACAGCAUCAUGCAGCUGGUCGAACGGCGCGGCUUGAUGUACGAGGGCAUCUACCGCGUCAGUGGAUCCCUGCCUCGUGUGGACAAGCUCAAGGCAGCAGCUCUUAUGCAGGGACCCCAUGUUUUGGAAGAUGCCGAGAUUCCCGAGCUGACUUCACUCCUCAAACUGGUGCUGAAGAGCAUGAAUCCACCGCUGCUAACAUUUGCGGCUCAUGCCGCCUUUUGUCGUGCGAUUCGCUUACCUGAAGGGGAAACCCGCAAUGAAGCGCUAUCCGCUGCGCUGCGUGUGCUGCCCACCAAGAAUUACCGCUUGCUCGACUCUCUGAUGCGUCAUUUACGCCGCGUGGUAGCCGAGUGCAGCAGCAACCGCAUGAAUCAGGAGAAUAUUGCGUUGGUAUUUGGACCCACCAUUGCGCGCUCCCCG